AUGGUUAGUAUCGGAGCUAGUCACAAUGGCGGUGUCGCUUUAGCACCUACACCUCAAAUGUCGUACACAAGUACCAGUAGUGGCACUCCUCCUCCACCUGCCUCAAGACCGGUGUCUGCUAUGGCCAAGCUGAAAACUAUGUUUGGACCAAAAAAAGCUGCCAUGCCAUUUGGCGAAAGAAGCCCGGUUCCGUCUAGAACCCCCAGUCCUUUACCAAGCCCUAUUAGCGGUCCUACUCGAUCUCCUACUCCAAGUAUACACACUACCAAUGGUAAUGGCAAUGGCAUCAACGGCAGUGUCAAUGGUCACAGUAGCUUGAAUACUGCCGUUAAUGCUAACGAGAUGGAAAGAACUAAUGGAUAUGGCGGUAAUUAUAGUUACCAACCCGGCCAUGGUAAUGGCAAUUUACUUUCGGUUACUAGCACAGCAUCUCAUUCUACCCAUUAUUCGACGUUGGGUUCGACUUUGUCUCCUAAACCAUCGAACAACACUGUCAUGUCUGUAUCAUCUGCCAAUUCGUCAACUGCUACCCUGGCUUCUACUACGAAAAGAAUCAUAUUAUUAGAAAAUGGUUCGCAUGAGCAUUAUUUAAAAAGCACUAGACGACAAGAGAAACUAGGAAGAAUGAUUCGUGAUAUUGUUGGCACCGGCCAAAAAGUUCGUCAAGACGCAGUAUCUGCUAUGCCCGAACUUGUUGAUAAAGACAAUGACGAUCUCAGUAGUCGUAUCGCAGACUUGAGUCUGAUGAGUGGACUUGUUUCGCAGAUUGAAAAGGGUGAAAAGGACGUUCAAAAUCUCGUACGAGAUCACGGCCUAAAAGUGCCUCCUUUACAAGGAUCUGGUUCGACAGCCAACAGUUCAGCUCCAAAGUCUUUACUACAAAAGUAUGGUAAAUGUCAAGAAAUUAUUGGCAAGGGUGCUUAUGGGGUCGUGAGGGUGUGUCACAAGUACGACCAUGUAGCACAUCGAGAAGUGUUAUUUGCUGUUAAAGAGUUUAAAAGACGAAGUUCCGAGACUGAACAGAACUUUUCGAAACGACUUACCAGCGAGUUCUGUAUUAGUUCGUCUUUACACCAUGCCAACAUCAUUCAAACACUAGAUCUUAUGAAAGAUUCUCGAGGUGUGUGCUGUCAAGUGAUGGAAUACUGUGCUGGUGGUGAUCUGUACUCUUUAAUUCUUGCCUCGGAAGGAGGGUUGGAAGUGGUUGAAGCUGACUGUUUUUUCAAGCAAAUUAUGAGAGGUGUUGUUUACAUGCAUUCGAUGGGUGUAGCUCACUGUGAUCUGAAACCUGAGAACAUUCUUCUGACCCCCACUGGAGUUGUCAAGAUCAGUGAUUUUGGUAACGGCGAGUGUUUCCGAAUGGCCUGGGAGUCGGAAAUCCACAUGCUUUCUGGAGUCUGUGGAUCGAGACCGUACAUUGCUCCUGAGGAGUUCCGCGACGAGCAAUUCGAUCCUCGAGCUGUCGAUGUAUGGGCCACCGGAAUAAUCUACAUGGCGAUGCGAACUGGCAGUUACCUCUGGCAAGUGGCCGAAGAAGACGAUGAGUUCUAUGCCAAGUACCUACAGCGACGAAAGCACAAAAAUGGCUACGAGCCCAUCGAGUCGCUAAAACGAAGCAAGUGCAAAAACGUCAUCUACUCUAUCCUGGACCCCAAACCCAACCGCAGAAUCACGGGCAAACAGGUCCUAAACAGCGAAUGGGGCCGCAGCAUCCAAGUCUGCGAAAGCGGUGAACGUGGCCACUGA